AUGAAAACUCUAAUGGCGGAUAAAGAAUAUGAGAGGACUUUAGAGGAGACCUCUACGUGGGCAGUCGCUGUGGUUUGCUUCGUCUUAAUAGUCAUUUCGCUUAUUAUUGAAUGUUUGAUUCACAAAAUAGGAACCUGGCUCAAAACGAAGCACAAGGGGAAUCUUUAUGAAGCUCUUGAAAAAGUUAAAGCUGAGCUUAUGCUGUUGGGAUUCAUAUCACUACUCUUAACAGUCGCACAAACACCAAUCUCAAGUUUUUGCAUCCCCAAGAGCGUUGCAUCAUCAAUGCGGCCUUGCAGCGCCCAGGAAAUAGCUAAAAAAGAAGCUGAUAAAAAAGCAGCCGAUAAACAAAAAGCCACUGGAAAACUUCUCCUUGAGUUAGCUGAAUCUUACAUCCCUAGAAGAAGUUUAGCCACCAAAGGUUUCAACGACUGUCCAAAGGGGAAAGUGCCUUUUGUAUCUGCUUACGGAAUCCACCAGCUGCACAUAUUCAUUUUCGUGCUCGCGGUGGUUCAUGUUAUCUACUGCAUUGUUACUUAUGCUUUGGGAAAGACCAAGAUGAGGAAGUGGGAGCAAUGGGAGGAGGAGACAAAGACAAUAGAAUAUCAAUACUCCAACGAUCCUGAGAGGUUCAGGUUUGCGAGGGACACAACAUUCGGACGAAGACAUCUCAAUGACUGGAGCAAGACGAGUGUUACUCUCUGGACUGUUUGUUUUUUCAGACAGUUCUUUGGAUCUGUCACCAAAGUUGAUUACUUAACUCUGCGGCAUGGUUUCAUCACGGCGCUUUUUGCUCCUGGGAGCAGCGGAAGCGAAAAAAUGCCAUAUGAUUUCCUCAGCUGUAUUCAGAGAUCAUUAGAAACAGACUUCAAAACUGUUGUUGAGAUCAGUCCGGUUAUCUGGUUUGUAACUGUGCUAUUCCUCUUGACCAACUCAAAUGGAGUACAUUCUUACUUCUGGUUACCAUUCAUUCCUCUGAUUGUGGUUCUAAUAGUUGGAACAAAGCUUCAAGUGAUUAUAACCAAAUUGGGUCUAAGGAUCCAAGAGAGAGGUGAUAUUGUGAGAGGCGCCCCUGUGGUUCAGCCUGGUGAUGAUCUCUUCUGGUUUGACAAACCUAGCUUCAUGCUUUUCCUUAUCCAUUUGGUUCUUUUCGCGAAUGCAUUUCAACUUGCUUUCUUUGCAUGGAGUUCUGUAAGAGAUUCAUUUCACUUUUUUUUAGACCAUACUGUUUUUUGUAUACUGAAUUUUUGGUAUCUGCAGUAUGAAUUUGGUUUCAGUAAUUGUUUCCAUAAAGAACCUCAAGAUAUUGCCAUUAGAAUUGUAGUUGGACUUGCUGUACAGAUCCUUUGCAGCUAUGUGACUCUUCCACUCUAUGCUCUUGUCAUACAGAUGGGUAAUGAUAAGAUGAAGCCAACAGUUUUCAAUGGAAGAGUAUUCAAGAUGCUAAAGAAGUGGCAUCACAAAGCAAAAGAAGAGACAAAACACGGAAGACGACACUCUGAAUCAAACACACCUUACACUAGCUAUCCAACUACACCAACUCAUGGCUCAUCUCCCAUCCAUCUCCUUCACAAUUCCAACAACCGAAGCGAUGAAAGUUAUCCUAAUCAUCAUGAUGACCACUACCAGUUUUGGGAUCCUGAGUCUCAACACAAAGCAGCUGAAUCCUCCACACAUCAUUCUACUUCACAUGAAAGUGCAUCCAUUGAACUUCCUCCUAUAAUACCAGCAAACACUUAAAGAUAUGGAGAUUCUUGAUUUUACAUAAUUUCAUGUCGUACAAUUGUUGUAUUAAUUUAAAUAAGCAUGUUUAUAUUACAACAUAUGUGAGAACUUAACCAUCUACAAAGAUGGAUGAUGUAUCAUCUGGAAUUUAAACAUAUGUUUUGAUUCUAACGUCCUGAGACAUCAGUGAUGGUGACAUUAUUGAUAGAGGCACUGUUCUCAGAGGACUCAGCUUCUGAAGCAGCAACGUUCCUUGUUAUAAAAGC